GCGCAUUCGUCAGACGUGGCUGGAGGCUCCAGUUCCGCGGCGCCAGGGAGAUCCGGGCCACCCCGGCCGGGCACCUGGCCGGUACUUAGCUGGGCUUGGGGUGGGGGGGCCCCCGAAGUCCCCAAUCGAGGGCUCCAUUGGCUGUGGUGGGUGCAGAGGUUGCUGCCAGCGCCUAUCCCCCUGCCCACUUCGCGGGUAGGACUGUCGGGGACAGACACCUGGAGGACGCCUCCAAUCCCCGCAGGGCGCCACGCCCCGCCGCGCGGAGAAAUAAGAAGUGCGCGCCAGGCCGCCCAGGGAAAGCAGCAGCUCGGGCUGUGCUCCUUGGACUCGCCAGUUUGCGCGCAGGUGCACCCGGCGACCGUGAGCCAUGGACCCGUCGCGGGGUAUCGGCACCUUCGUGGUGUGGGACUACGUGGUGUUCGCUGGGAUGCUGCUCAUCUCGGCCGCCAUCGGCAUCUAUUACGCCUUCGCGGGGGACAAACAGCAGACCUCCAAGGACUUUCUGAUGGGCGGCCGCCGGAUGAGUGCCGUGCCGGUGGCGCUGUCCCUUACCGCCAGCUUCAUGUCCGCGGUCACUGUCCUGGGCACCCCCACCGAGGUCUACCGUUUUGGGGCUAUAUUCAGCCUCUUUGGCAUCACCUACCUCCUUGUGGUGGUCAUCAGCGCGGAGAUCUUCCUCCCGGUGUUCUAUAAACUGGGAAUUACCAGCACCUACGAGUAUUUAGAACUUCGAUUUAACAAAUAUGUUCGUCUCUGUGGAACAAUCGUCUACAUUAUUCAAACAGUUCUGUAUACUGGAAUUGUUAUUUAUGCCCCUGCCCUGGCGUUGAAUCAAGUCACAGGAUUUGAUCUGUGGGGCGCAGUGGUGGCUACAGGGGUGGUCUGCACAUUCUACUGCACGCUGGGUGGUCUUAAAGCAGUUGUCUGGACAGAUGUGUUUCAAGUCGGGAUCAUGCUGGCGGGAUUUGUUUCUGUGCUUAUACAAGCUUCAGUGAUUCAAGGGGGAAUCGGCCCUAUUAUAAAUGAUGCCCGUAAUGGUGGAAGAUUAAACUUCUGGAAUUUUAAUCCUAAUCCUUUGCAAAGACACACAUUCUGGACAAUUAUUUUAGGAGGGACCUUCACGUGGACCAGCCUGUAUGGUGUCAACCAAUCCCAAGUGCAGAGAUAUAUUUCCUGUAAAAGCAGAUUCCAGGCAAAACUGUCUCUCUACAUCAAUCUUGUGGGACUCUGGGUAAUCCUCGUCUGUGCAGUGCUUUGUGGGCUCGCCCUAUAUUCCAGGUACCAUGACUGCGAUCCUUGGACAAACAAUAAAGUGUCUGCACCAGACCAGCUCAUGCCUUAUUUGGUCCUGGACAUUCUGCAAGAUUACCCAGGACUUCCCGGACUUUUUGUGGCCUGUGCUUACAGUGGAACAUUAAGCACAGUGUCCUCCAGUAUUAAUGCCUUAGCAGCAGUAACUGUGGAAGAUUUAGUCAAACCUAACUUCCGCUCACUUUCAGAGAGACAUCUCUCUUGGAUUUCUCAAGGAAUGAGUGUGCUGUUUGGAGUCCUGUGUAUUGGAAUGGCUGCUUUGGCAUCACUAAUGGGAGCUUUGUUGCAGGCAGCGCUCAGCAUAAUUGGCAUGAUUGGUGGACCACUCCUGGGCUUGUUUAGUUUGGGCAUUUUGGUUCCCUUUGCCAACUCAAUUGGAGCACUUAUUGGUCUGCUGGCUGGAUUUGCUGCUUCUUUCUGGGUUGGAAUUGGAGCUCAACUCUAUCCCCCACUUCCUGAGAGAACCAUGCCACUAAGCCUUGAAACCUAUGGCUGUAACAACACAUACAAUGGGUCGAAUUGGAUGACAACCACAGCAAUGCCAUUUUCUACCACUGCUUUUCAAGGACACAACGUUGAAAGGACUCCACUGAUGGAUAACUGGUAUUCUUUAUCGUAUCUAUACUUCAGCACCCUUGGAACUUUGGUAACAUUAUUCGUGGGAAUACUUGUCAGUUUAUCAACAGGAGGAAGAAAACAAAACUUAGACCGAAAAUUUCUAUUAACUAAAGAGGACAUGUUAUUCAAUUUUGACAAUUUUAAGAAAAAGGAGCAAGUUUUAGGCUAUAAAUCUCACCCAGUAGAAGAGGGCGGAACCGAUAAUCCUGCUUUCAACCACAUCGAAAUGAACUUCACAGACCCAAGUGGCAGGACCAGCGGGACUCACUUGUGAAGCAGCUGUUAUACUUGAUGAUCGUACACGGUGGCCCAGUUUUAUAUAUUUUCUAAGACAAUUCGAUCAGGUUUAGAUAUAUAUAUAUAUAUUUUGUUCAUCAUGAGUGUUUUGGGGGAAAUCUUCGGGGGAUAAAAUGUUGUUACAACAAAGUCCUGACUUUCCUCAUUUACACUUACUCAUCGAUGCUAUGGUGGAGUCUAGAGUUUCAGCAUCAGCAUUUCCCUCUCUCAGUUCUUUAUUUCCAUGAAUAUAGUUGUGAAAGUUAUGAAAGUUAUGACUCCCUAUGUGCCAAAAGGCUAAUACACACAUAUAUACACAUACUUAAUGGUCAAAAGCAUAUUCUUAAAUUCAAGCAUUAUUAAAAAAAUUUCCCAUGCUUUUGGUGCUAGCAUAUAAAUUUUGGGGGGAUUUCCAAAAUCAUAACUAAUAUUGAAAAGAGUUUUUCUCUCUCCUACUACAUACUCUAUACUUAGGGAACAAUGAAGUAAUAGGUCUGUGUUGUAUAUCUCUUUGCUUCUCAUUGACUCCUAUCAGUCCAGGGCAUAUAUUAGCCUUGGGACCAAUUCUGGCUCAGGAAGGUGGAAAUCAAGAAGCAUGCUGUUUGGGACAGAACAUGGGUCCAAUGAUCAGGUCUUCUUGGCACUGUGCUUCUAUUCUUACGCCUUUAUGCUUGUUAGCUAGAGUUCCUGGCCACUGGCUGCUUGUGUUGUCUUCUUAGACUCCAGUUCUUAGCUGCAUUGCUGGUUUCUCACCCAUCAACUUUGGUUUUGUUGUGCACUUUACCUUUGAUUGCCUUCCUAGUUUCUUGUUUACUCUGUUGUCUUGAGACACCCCAUGUGAAUCAUGCUGACCCACGUCCUGGCUCACUAAGCCCCAGCCUGUAAAUUAUAAGCACACAUGAACCUGCUACUGACUGAAGUACCUUCAACAGAGGUACUCAUGGAUUUGGUGAUCCAAGGACAUUUACACUAUUAAAAAUGCCUAAGCUCCAUGGAGUUAGAUGAUUACAUUCAAUGCAAUUAAGUUGAAUUUUUGAAUGUCAACUAAUUUGUAAUUAAUUAAAUUUAAUGAUACAUAGGCUUACAGAUCUUGACUUCUAGUACACUCACUCCGUUAAAGAGCUAAAUUACAUAGGCAAACACUACUAUUGUUCUUUAAUGUUCAUAAAUUAUUAAAUAUAUGCCUUGUUCUAUGUUUUCACAUUUCAAGUAGCAGUCUCAAAGUUAUUUUGUUUAUUUUGCUACCUUUCUAGCUAAGAGUUUGAUAAGGCUUUCAUCAGUUUUUAUUUCCUGCAGUACCCACAUUAGAUAUGGUUUAGAAUUGUGUUUACUUUUAGCUUUGCAAUAUUUGAAAAUUAUUUCAGAAAUAUUUAAGUACAUUAAAAUAUUAUAAUUAAGUUUUUGAUUAUUUUCUGAUAUUAAUGUAAGCUUACUCUGUACAUUUAUGGUUGCCAAUUGAAAACAUUAAGAAACAAAAAAAUAGGAAGUAGCUUUUAUCUAAAACAGAUUUAUAUAACAUUUAAAAUGUAUCCAAAUGUUUCAUAUGUGUAUAGAUGUUAUUUUUAAUCAAUGCAUUUGUAAGCAUACAUUGAAUUUUGUAUAUCUGUAUGUUUUAAUGAGUAGAAAGACAUAAUAAUAUUUCUUUUAUGUGAGUGUGAUUUGAACUAUUGUUAUUUAUUUAAUAAUCCUAAAUGCACAUGUGUGUAGAAUUCUUCAAUUUUAAAAAUCAAAAUCAGGUUAAGUUUUUUUCUCUCAUCUGGCUGCCAUGGGUUUUGCAAUGUAGUCUUAGUGAGAGAUAAGGUACUUCCAUUAUUGUCCACUUUCUUUUACCGAAGUAUAUCUUUGUGAUAUUAGGAACUGUUGUUCUUUUGUUUUCAUAAAUACAUGAGUGUCAGAUAUAAUACUUAAGAAAUCAAAGUUAUGUUAUUAUUAUUAAAAAAUAUUUAUCUUAUCUAAAUCUUUGUACAAAAUCAAAGAGAGGUAAAAGUUACUGUAGUAUAAUAUAAAUUAAAUAAUCUAAUGUUCUUAA